UUGUACCUAUAUAGUAGACAGUAUUCAACUAUUGGCGUGUUGCAGUAUUGCAGUGUUAACGUUAAGUCACUAAUAGUCAGUGUUGUUGUCGUGAUUACUAAUUAAUUGUUAUUAAAGUCAUUAAAGUUGUUAACGAUUUCUUUUUUUUAUCGUCGCCGUAGUAUUAUAUCAGCCAAAUUUCAAUCUGACAGGUCCAUUUGACAUUUAGUAUUCGUCGAUUGUCCGUCUAAUUGUCAUGUAUGCGGUGCGUGCGUGACACGACACAGUGUAUUUCGAGACGUUUUUGGUGCUUACGUACGUGUGUGUGCCUUGAAUACCUAUUUUCGUUUAUGCGAGUCUGCUGAACAUGCUGGGCUGGUUAAGGAAAGAUGAUGGCAAGAAGAUCGAGACGUACGAGUCCGUUUUGGACGGGCUACGGGAGAAGUACAAGUCCAAACUGUUGCCCUUAGAAUUGGCGUACCAGUUUCACGAUUUCCACUCGCCACAACUGGACGACCCCGACUUUGACGCCAAACCGAUGAUACUGCUGGUCGGCCAGUAUUCCACGGGCAAAACUACAUUUAUAAAACAUCUCUUAGAAUCCGAUUUUCCCGGAAUUCGCAUUGGGCCCGAACCCACCACAGACCGUUUUAUAGCUGUUAUGUACGAUGAAAACGAAUCAAUUAUUCCUGGUAACGCGUUGGUAGUAGACCCAAAACGACAAUUCAGACCUCUGUCAAAGUUUGGCAACGCAUUCCUCAAUCGGUUUCAGUGUUCUUUAGUGAAUUCUCCUGUUCUAAAGGGUAUAUCAAUAGUUGAUACCCCUGGUAUUUUAUCAGGAGAAAAACAGAGAGUAGACAGGGGUUAUGACUUCACCGGUGUACUGGAGUGGUUUGCUGAGCAUGUGGAUAGAAUUAUUUUGCUUUUUGAUGCUCACAAGUUGGACAUAUCUGAUGAAUUCCGUAGAUCAAUAGAAGCACUACGAGGCCAUGACGAUAAAAUUAGAAUUAUUUUAAAUAAAGCUGAUAUGAUUGAUCACCAACAACUGAUGCGUGUUUAUGGUGCACUGAUGUGGUCUUUAGGAAAAGUUCUUCAAACUCCUGAAGUAGCCAGGGUUUACAUUGGAUCCUUUUGGGACAAACCGUUGCGAUAUGAUGGUAAUAGAAGAUUAUUUGAAGACGAAGAACAAGACUUAUUYAAGGACCUGCAGUCUUUGCCGGGAAACGCGGCGUUAAGGAAGCUAAAUGACUUGAUUAAACGCGCAAGAUUAGCCAAAGUUCACGCUUAUAUAAUCAGUGCGUUACAUAAAGAAAUGCCAGCUCUUUUUAGGAGAGAUGGCAAGAAAAAAGAAUUGAUCAAAAACCUUGGCACUAUUUACCAAAAUAUUCAGAAAGAACAACAGAUUUCGCCAGGAGAUUUCCCCGAUCUCAAAAAAAUGCAGGAUGUACUGGUGAACUUAGAUUUUAAUAAAUUCCAAAGUCUUAAACCGCAUCUGUUAGAAGAGGUUGAUAAGAUGCUUGCCAACGACAUCGCUAAGUUGAUGGCUAUGAUCCCUUUGCAAGACAUGAAUAACCGUAAGAUGAAUAAUGGAGACGUCGAACAGCAGCAACAACAGCAAGCGGUAGUCAAAGGUGGCGCGUUCAUGAGCGUCCAGGACACGGCCAGUCCGUUCGGGUACAAGAGGGGAGAAGGUAUCGACGCUGGCAAGGGCGAAACUGGUUGGGUGGUGGCCAAGGAACGGCAGAAAUACGAUGCGGUGUUCAACACGCUGGAGAAGUCUGACGGAAAACUGUCGGGAGCCGUGGCUAAAGCCGAAAUGGUCAAAUCGAAACUGCCCAACUCUGUGCUCGGCAAAAUAUGGAAGUUAUCGGACAUCGAUCAUGACGGUUUUCUGGACAUCGACGAGUUUGCGUUGGCAAUGCAUCUGAUACAAGUGAAGCUGGGUGGGCACGAUCUACCCGUCGAAAUACCCGAUCACUUAAUUCCGCCCUCAAAACGAGAUAUUUAGUGACAGACGAAAAAAAAACAGGAAUCCUGUGUACAUUAUAAUAUAUAGUAGACACAACCACCAACACACGAAAAAAAUCGUACUCGACUGUACAUAUAAUAUUAUUAUAUCAUAUAACAUAUGCAAUGCGAUUUUUGUUAUAUAUAUAAUAUGURCAUCAUAAUAUGAAUAUAUCGUGWACGUUAAUUUAUUUGUAUAUUUAUAUAGUAAAUCGAACGAAAUUUGUAGCACAGAGUAUCCCUGUUUGAGUAUGCCUCUAUGCCGACCUAUCAAAUUUUUGAGUACGCUCCGUCGCUUUCGGAAGUUAAAACAACUAAAAUUAGUAACUACACGCGUUAUGAUUAUUGAAUGGCAACCAAAGUUAUUCAUUAAAACACAUAAUAUUUUAGAUAAUGUUUUUUUUUAAUUUCAUAUAUAAUAUUAUAUAAUACCUAUCUGUGUGAU